ACGUUUCUUAUCAGUUGCUAUUUCCAUGUCCACCUAUAAGUGUACAUACUGUGGUUAAUUGUGAUUUUUUUAAACAAGUUAAUGCAUGAACUUCUAUUAUGCCGGGAGACCAUGCGUUCGAUUUAAAAAAACGUCGAUCUCACAGGCUUAUUUCUUGGGUUGAAAUACCUUUAGGUUAUUUUUCCGAUAGCAUGGCAGGAGCAGAUCCGAAAUGGCAGAAGGACGCGGCCGAUCAGAAUUUCGACUACAUGUUCAAGCUGCUCAUCAUAGGAAACAGUUCCGUCGGAAAAACGUCGUUUCUCUUCCGAUACGCCGACGACAGCUUCACUUCGGCCUUCGUGAGCACAGUGGGAAUAGACUUCAAGGUUAAAACGGUUUUCAGACACGACAAGAGAGUCAAGCUGCAAAUAUGGGACACAGCAGGACAAGAAAGAUACAGAACCAUUACCACAGCCUACUACAGGGGCGCAAUGGGUUUUAUACUUAUGUAUGAUAUUACUAACGAAGAAUCCUUCAAUAGCGUGCAGGAUUGGGUAACUCAAAUCAAGACGUACUCGUGGGACAACGCCCAAGUGAUCCUGGUGGGAAACAAAUGCGAUAUGGAGGAUGAACGUGUUAUUAGCUUCGAAAGAGGAAAACAACUGGCAGAGCAACUUGGCGUCGAGUUUUACGAAACUAGUGCUAAAGAAAAUAUAAACGUUAAGGCCGUUUUCGAACGUUUGGUAGAUAUAAUAUGCGACAAGAUGUCCGAUAGCUUAGAUACCGAUCCGACCUUGAUGAGCAGCGGAGCCAAAGGUCAACGUUUAACGGACGCUCCUCAGGGACCCCAAGCUGCCAAUUGUAACUGUUAAUACACCUAAUAUUCUGAUUAAUACUAAGAAAACUGUUGAUACUUCGACCAGAUCGUACGAAACUUUGUCGUUUUCUUCAUUUUUAAUCUCAUUGAGACUGACAAUACGCAUACGCAAGAUAUGUCAAGGUCCGCAGGAAGAUCUGGAUUAUUGGUCAUGUUUUAAGUAGUUUAAAGGAUUACUUAGAACCACUGUUGUUAGGUGUAGUAAAAUUUCACUGCGUCUAGUGGAUUUCACUAGGUCUAGCAAUGCUGCUUAGAUCAGGAUACGUCUAAAUAGUGACUAGUUAGAUCAGAAAUUAGGUGUAGCUUUGCCCCUUUCAUAGAACUGUAAUAGAUAUCAUUUAUUUUUCUAUUAUUGGUUUAUUUAAUUUUGUUGGAUUUUUCUGCAGACCGAAUUAAUUUUUUUCUGUACCUACUGCUUAUGCGUCUGUAUAAACGCAUUUUAUCAUAUUACCAAACAUAAUGAAAUUCGCUUCUAUAAAAAAGCAGAUUUGUGGAUUUUUCAAUACGUGUGUGGACUAUGAAAUUUUGAUUCUAGAAUUAAUCUUUAUAAUUGCAUUACGCAGAGAAUAAACGUUCCUUCUAUAUUUCACAUGCAGGUUUAAAAAUAUUUCGAUAUUUAGAAAAAAAUCUACUUUUUCAACUUUUCGAUAUAAUAAAUAACAUAUUUCAACAUCGAGUAAUUAAUAAAAUUAUUACUAUUAAGGUUGUAUAAGCAUUUAUUAUUUGAGUGUUCACAAUUCCGAACAAAAUUUCAUAAUUCCUGCCAAUUAAUUUUUGAAAUUUAUACUCAUACUUGAUUCAAAACUAAAACGAUGUCAAUAUACAAACUGUAGUUUAGAAUGUGAGGAUUAUAGUAAAACAUGAUGGGAGUAUACUUAUAGGUAACCUCGUAGCCUGUUGAACAAAAAAUCCCUCGUUCAAAAUAUUUCUAUCUAAAAAAUAUGGAGAAAAAUAUAUUGUGACAAUAUUCACUUGCUUUGAAUUCCAGAGCAAGAAAUGGGAUUUUUUGUCUGACAAAAUAUUGAUGAAUUGAUAUAAAUUAAAAUUGUUAACGAAUUUUUGUAAAUGUUGCGAUAUAUAUAGUAUAUCUUAGGUGUAAAAAUACUAUUACAAUAAUAUUACUUGUUCUUCUGUUAUGCUACAACAUUAAUUUGCUAUGCCAUAGUCAAAUUCAUUCAAUCGUUGUUUUAUUAGGCAUUGAUUCAGUCAGAAUUGUCUUAUAAGAUAUCCUUAAAUAGAACGGAAUUUCUAAAAAUAUUCAAGGUAUUUGAGCUAGAUAUUAUAUUAUAGAGAAAAAUAAGACGCUGGCAAAAUUACAGGGAUUCUACAUUCUAUCUACUAUUAAUUUGAAAACAUUUGUGUUAAUAAGACAUAUCGCUGGCCUAAACGGCAUUUAUUGUUUUUACUUGUAAAUUUAGGAUAUGCUAAUGUGUAGGAAAAGCUUGAAUGAAGAAUAAUUGUGUCGUUUAGUUUACCAUAUAAUCACAAAAACAGAAAAAAAUGAAUGUAAAGAUGUAAAUACCUUUUAAAAUUCAUUUUAAACCAUCUGCAUCUGUGGUAAAUGUCUUAAGUAACCUUUAAAUUGUGUGAUUUAUCAUAAGAGUUUUCAAUUGAAUUGGUCUUAAGAAAAUAAUAAGUAAUUUAAAAGCUUACAAACUGACAAAUCAUAAAGUAACUCAAUAGAGAAUCAUAAAAAUCAACCUUAAAUCAUGCGGCAACUCCUGUGAUAAAAUUGCACAAUAUUAAGUGUACUUUAACCUUUGAUUAAUUACUAAUGUUAGAGAUUAUGAACUAUUUGGACAUGCCACAUAUUUACACAAGGCUUUAUAUUAGACAAACUAUUAAAUUGUAAAAUAUGUAGUUACUCCUAGUUAUGAUUUCGAGAUCAAGACUUAUGAUUUGUUUCAGUAGUAGAUUUAAAUGGCAGAUCUAUACUAAAUGAGUCUUCAAUUUAUGAUUAUUGAAUUUGAUUCAAUAUUUCUUUCAAUAGGAUCUGAUAAAUAGGAUUCAAUAGGAGCAGAGGCCCUUUUGAGAGUAAUUAAAUUAUAAAUCUAUGAAUCUUAAUUAAAAAAUAGAACUGAUUGAUAAUUUACAACGAAUUUGAUGUUAUUUUACUCUGAUAUUAAGGACAAUAAAUAGAGUUUUUACUAAUUAAAUAAAUUCGUUUAAAGUCAAAAGGUAUAAUAUUCAUAAUAUAAACAUUAUAGAACUUUAUUGAAACAAAUUGUAAGUCUAAAUAAAUAUAUUUCCAGCAAAUUCAAAUUUUACAACCAUUUAAAAAAACCUAUUUUAAUGUAGUGUAAAAUUUAAAUAGGCUGCACUUUCACUAGUUAAAAUUAAUUUUGAAUAUUUAUUUUUUUAUCAAACUGUUAAUUAGUUGUAAAAAGUAACCGCCAUUAUUUACAAUUUCAAUUACCAAGCUCAACAAAAACUACAAUACGUUAAGCUGAUUAAGAUGGAGCAAAAAUCCUUUAUAUUCAGAAGCCGUUUAAUUGAAGAAAUACUUUAUCGAUAUUGCAUGAUUUACGCAACAUAUGUGUGUUAAACAGCUGUUUAACAUGAAACAACUGUUUCCAAAGUUAAUCGAUUAAAUGAAAGGAUUAACUUUGACGCAUGUUAAAUCCCAGUUUCCCGUCUUAAAUGGUAUAAUUUCUACUUACAAACUAAAUCUCUGUGCCUCAUGCAAAGUUCGUAAAGGGUACGCAAGUAAGUUAUGAAAUAUUCGAGACCGCACACUUGACUAAUCCAAAUUACAUGUUUCAAACAUGUUUCAUACAUAAUAUACACUAUGCUGAUAAAAUGUGUAUAGAAAUCUUAUUGUUAAGUUAAUAAAUGGAUUGUAUAUUAUUUUGUGAAUUAGUGUAAAAUAAAAACUAGC